AUGGCAGAUUCAAGACGCCCACCAAUUCCGAACGUCGCAAAGCGCACCCAUAUCCGACAAGUGAACCAUUUCGCAGCCUCUCCUCCCCCUGAAUUCUCCGGCCCCCCUCGAAUCCUCGACGGCAUCAUCGUAGGCCUCGGCUACGCCAGCCUGACCACCUACCUGUUCGCAAACCAGAAGCGGCUGAUGCCCUGGGAACUCGCCAGUCUGUCUCUAGGCUCCCUCGUCCUCGGCUUCGGGCUCUUCGACCUCGGACUCCGCAGCGGCAUCCCGCAGGGCGCAAGCCUCCUGCUGCGGCGCGGAAAGGAGAAGCGGGAACGUCUCCUGAAGGACGAGGAUGAUUGGAAAGAAGAGUUCCGCGGCCGGGACUUCGCGACGCUGAACAAGGUCCAGCAGGUCGCGUGGUUGAGGAAGGAGGAGCGGCGGAUUCUGGAGUUGCAGGCGCAGGAGCGGGCUGAGUGCGGACGCGCGUAUAUCGAGAAGGAGGAGGCGUAUCGGGCGUAUGAGAAGAAAGGUGGCUAUGGGGGAGAGACGUGGAAGAUGUAUUCGGCCGCGGAUGAUUUGUGUAAAGAGAUAUACAACAAGUGGGAGAGGCGGCAGAGGCGACUAACCCAGAUUCGAAAGGAGAUUAAUGCCCUUGAGGAGCAGAUUUAG